GUAUAUAGUAAAUUUGCUGGAAGAAAUGCAAAAUGCUUGUCCUAAUGAAAUUUUUUGGUGUGGUCUAACUGCUGACGAAUGGUACCCACCGAAUUCAAUUGCUGCCUUGCUUUCGGCUACACUUGCAAUGAAGAUCACAGAAACAUCAAAACAUAAGUUGAUUGGAUAUUUCCUGCUUGAUUAUGACGAUCUUAUGGAAAACGAGCCGAAAGUUUUUGAUCGUUUUAAAUGGCGUUUUCCGUAUAGGAAUCGAGUGAUAUGUAAUCAGAUAGAAACGAAUUGGAGAAAUGAUUGUGGACUAAAGGAACCGCUUGCUAAAUGUGGAAAAAUCAAGAUUACUGACAAAAAAGCGGAAGAACCCGUUUGUGAGCUUCAACGACUUAUGAAACGUUUGCUUCUAGACAAGGAGGAAAUUGAAUUUAUAAAAGAGAACUUAUUGAAAAAGCCUGACGGAAUUCGUGAAUGGAAUCGUUUUUGCUUAAGGCGCAAAAUGUUCGGUCGUCUUUUGCCACCAGAAAAACCAAAAAAUGGAGUUCUAGUAGAUCGCUGUGAUCGAUGGACGGCAAAAAUUCUGGAAGACUUUCCAGUAAUUCAAACGAAUGAUACAUUUUCACGUAGUGUUCUUCCGACAGUUCAAAAUUCAGAUGGUGGCGGAAAAAUGAUGAGAGAUACACCAUCCAGAUACCAUGCAGCAGCUGUGCAUCCGUACCUAUCACCAAUUAUGAGGUCACAUAAGUGUGAAAUACUGGAGACAUCACGGCAAUUGUAUAAUGUUGUUCCUGAGUCAGUUGGGUUAGAAAUAACUCCAAAAGCAUCUAACUUCCCAACAAGCCCUGUGUGCGACAGACGUAUUUCGAAUUACGAGAGAAUUUUGCCCAAAGAGGAUCUUGAAAAUGUUCACCGUUUGCUACAAACACCCACGCCACGACGUCGCUAUGCACCUGGAAUACAAGCAGAGGAUUCAUUUGCAUCACUAUCAGCUGACCAGUUCUCUCCAAUCCCACUACCGGCCUCUAUUUUGAAAACCCGAAAGGGGCGACAGGAGGAGAAUGCAUCAUCUGAUGUGGAUGAAAAAGAGCAGAAGGCAUUUAUUGGUGAACCAUCCCUUUUCAGCGUUAUUUCAAAUUUCAGUCAGGUGGAAGAAAAAAAAUGUGAAUGUGAUCCUCCCGAAAUGAAUUGUGCCAAUUUUUUGGAUGUUCGGAAUCCGGACGCAUUUCACUUUACGGACAUGAACAAGGAAGUUUUCUUGGAGAAACAUUUGGAGCUACAGGAUGGGCUAAAAAUUUUGCUGGAUAAAGACGAGGAAAGUGAAUCUAUGGAUGCCGCAAAUCAAGAAACUCCAUGCAAUAUAUCGGUUGAGGAGCAGAGUGAUUCGGAUAUGGUGGAAGAUCAGGAAAGACGAGCUCCAGUGUCCGUGACUUACGAAGAACAAGAAGAUCCAGGCAUUCCAUUGGAUGCAGAUGUUCAAGAUAUCGUUUCCGAUGUGCACACGGAAGGGAAACGAAAUUUACAAGAUGCUGGUUGUCUUCCUGAAAGUACUUCUGUACUGACUACCACCAAAAUCACCAGACACACUGCUACCUUUGAAGUUAAAAUCUCUCCGAGGCCACCAAAAAAGCUGUUAGGUUCUUUAAGUGAUGAAAUGGCAGCUGAAUCGGAAGAUGAUAUAGCGUCGACUGUGAGUGAAUCGUUGCAAAAAAAAGUUUCAUACGAACAAGAAGAUGAAACUGAUCCAACAUCCACGGAGAUUGAAAAAGCUAUGGUUUUUCAUCUCGAAAUGAAUAAAAAAUUCGAAGAGGAGGAAGACAGGAUGGGAUACUCACCAGUUUUAGGCGUACGGGAAAUACUAUCAGAACAAGCUUCAUCGACUGUUAGAGAUGCCGAAGUCGAAUCUUCCAAAUUAGUGCAUCCUUCUCGUAGGAGACACAGAUCGGAAAAAGAAGAUCCUACUAAUGGUAGGCAAGCAUUUCGAACCUUUUCGAGCGACUCAUUUCAGUCCUCGAGUUCUGAUAGCGAAACAUCGACUUCAUCGCAUCGAAUGCUUACUCGUUCUGCAGCUAAAGCAAUGAAAUUAGCAUCGCUAUCGCCGAAAGUUAAGAUGAAGUCGAGGAAGCGUUUGGAAAGUGGAACAAGUUCAUCCCGUAGCCGAGAAACAACACCGAGACGUUUAACUCGAAUUACAGCUUUAGUCAAAAAUUCACCAAAAAUUGAGAAGACGCGACAAAAACCUCCAGAAAGUAGAACAAGUUCACCGCAUAGUCGCGAAACAACCCCGAGACGUUCAACUCGCAUUGCAGCUUUAGUCAAAAAUUCACCAAAAAUUGAGAAAACGCCACAAAAACGCUUGGGAAGUAGAACAAGUUCACCGCAUAGCCGAGAAACGACACCGAGACGUUCAACUCGAGUUACAUCUUCGGCCAGAAGUUCACCAAUAACUGGAAAAACACGACGAAAACGUUUGGGAAGUAGAACAAGUUCAUCAUGCAGUCGAGAAACAACACCGAAGCGUUUAACUCGAGCUACAUCUUUAUCUAAAAGUUCACCCAAGAUUGAAGGAAUCCAAAGACAACGUUUGGAAAGUGGAACAAGCUUAGCAUACAGCCGUGAAGUAACACCGGAGCAAUCAGUUCGACCUACUGCGUCAGUUAAAAACUCUCCGACAAGGAAAUCGGUUUGCCGCACCCGAACACAAUCAGAACAAACUGGAGUUGAAGAGACAAUUCCAGGUGUAAUUUCAAAAGCCUCACCAAAUCGACGGAGACGAGCUGCAUCAGAAGAGUCCCAAUUGAGCGAAAUUUCGAUUAAAUCUUAUCCUGUGUUGACUCGUCCGACUAGAAAAGCAAAAAGCGAAAAUGGAUCGCCUCCAAAGCAACGAACUGUCUCAGGAUUUGAACCAACUUUAGAGAAAAUUGACGAAGCGCCAAAAAAAACUCGGUUACGUGUUGGACGGAAGACUGUUGCGCAAGUUUUGGAAGAGAAGAUGAAAUGAAUUUCGAGAUUAUUCAGCUUUUUUAAUGGUGCCUUAGAUUUACUUGGUGUCUUUACUUUAUGAUUAGUUUUUACGGAUUAGUCUUCAUACUAGAUUUUAUGUUAUCUUUCUGUGUGCUGUAUACAUCUAUCUUGGAUGAACCAGUUUCAAUAGCACUUACCUGCCAUACGUCGCAUACUCCAUCAUUUGCUAUGAGAUACGAGGCUGUGAAAAUUUGAUUAACA